AUGGCUGCUGCGGCCCCAAAACGGAGCGCAUCGCGCGGUAUCGGUAUGUUUGUCGGUAUCUUCCUGGGCUCGACCGCCAUUGGCCUGCUGAUCGGACUCCUGGCAGCCACGAUAUUCAGGUCACGGUACUUCUAUUCCGGCCCCGUGUUGAUCCAGGGCAGGUUGGAUUCUGGAUCCACGGGUAUGGCGGAGGUGAACACCCCCGGAUCGAACAGCACCUUCGAAGUUGGUCUCGCCGUCGUGUUCGCGUACGGCAGUUACUUGGUGGCGGAUGCUGCCCGUUGCAGCGGCAUUGUGGCGGUUGUGGUUAACGGUAUGGUCAUGAACAUGUACGUCAGACCAAAUCUCAGUGAAGCGGCGCAGCAUAAGAUUGAGACGCUGUUCAAGACUCUUGCGGGGCUGUUUGAGCUAUUUGUGUUUUGUUACAUCGGCACUACCAUGUUCCUGCAGGACGAGGAAUUCAAUAUCCUGGGAUACACGGCCCUCAGCUUGAUCGCCCUGGCCGUGUCUCGAGCCGCCAACAUCCUGCCCUGUACGGCAUUAGUCAACUGGCUCCGUCCCAUCGAGCGACAUAUCUCACCCGCGCAGCAGUUCAUGUUGUGGUGGAGCGGUUUGCGCGGGGCCAUGGCCUUCGCGUUGUCAGUGGAGGCGGACGAGCGGUUUGGACAGUACGGCAAGGUCAUGAAGACGUGCACCUUCUACCUCGUCUUCAUCACCGUGCUGUUCAACGGGGGUACGUGCGCCUACUUGCUGCGGCGCCUGGGGCUGCGCGCAGAGGACACCCCCGCCCUCAUUCUGCGGCUCCAGGACUCCCUGGCGCACAUGCACGGGUUCGGGUCGGCGGACUGCCGCGGGCCGGACACCACCACCGCCACCACCACUGCGACCACCACCACCACCAACAACAACAACAACACUGCGACCACCACCAGUGGGGUGGGCGCUGAAAAGGAGGGCACUGUUGGGAAGGACAGUCGUCCCCGUCCGGGGGUUGGGGGUGGUGGGGGUGGAGGACCUCGCCGCUCCCUCAGUGCCCCUUUCCGGGAGGGGUUGCGCCCCUUCCGGGGCCGCCGCGCCCUGGCCGCCCUGCCCUCGCCCAAGGUACUGCUGGAGAAAGUACGGUCCCUCAACGACGGGCGGUUGGUUGACCGAUUCGAUGAGUUUGACCGCCGAGUAUCUAGGCUGCUCAUCCACCCAGACGCGCUCCGCGAGGCAACCGACCUCUCCCUCAUUACCACCACAUCAUCGUCAUCUUCAGCCAUCAUCAACAACAAUAACGGCGGCGGAACAUCCGAAGGAGCCGGAACAGCAGCGGCAACUGCAGCCAGAGGGACAUGGCGAUCAGGGCUGGGGGGCCGGCGGGCGGUGCUGCUGGAGGUGGCGCUGAUGUGGGCCAAUCCUUGGCAGCAGUGGCCGCAGCUGACUGGGGAUCAGUCUGUGCCGCAGGUGACGGUCGCGGCUGUAGCGGGGCCUCCUUUCCUGGCCGUGGUGGUGAAUGAGGCCGCGUCGUCCUCCGCCGCCGCUCUAUCCACGUCAGCGCUGCAUGCCUGA